UGUAGCCCCAUCAGUGCCACCUUCAGUGCCACUCAGUGCUGCCUAUCUGUGCCAGUCAGUGCUGCCUAUCAGUGUCUGUCAGUGCUGUCUAACAGUUUCAAUCAGUGCCGCCUUACGUUCCUAUCAGUGCCAGUCAGUGCCGCCUAUAGUGCCAUAUAUGAGUGCUCCCUUUCAGUGCCCAUCAGUGAUGCCUGUCAAUGCCCACAAGUGAUGCCUGUCAAUGCCCAUCAGUGCCACCUACCAGUGCUUCCUCAUCAA